UUUCAUAACUCUCCAAUAAUAAUAUUCCUAAUUCCUAUUUCUUUACUAUUCUUUUUCUUUAUAAUGUCGAUUCUUUCGAUUUCUUCAUCUUCAACCUACUUUGGAUUGCCCACAAUUCGAUCCCACCACCCUCAUCGCCAUGGAUCAAACCUCAAUCUCACUCAUCUCCAUAACCAUAACAGCUUGCCACUAAUUCCAACUACCAAAACGAAUCCCAAAAGCUCAACUUGUACUCGUAAUAUGGCCAUUUACAGCGCUGACUCCAUCAUCGGACUUCCAUCUCUUCCUCCUUUCCACGACACUCCUUCUUUCAGACCAUUAUGGAUAGCUGGGGUGGUAUUGUCUGCAGUUCUAUCAAUUUGGAAGACAAAGAACUAUUGGAAGCCUUUUCUUACCUUAAAAGAGAAAAUGGAUAAAGUGGUGGAAAAGGCGGAGGAUGUGGCAGAAAUGGCGGGGUCAGCCGCGGAUAAAGUGGAUAAAGCGGCGGAAGAUAUUGCGGCCUAUCUCCCCGACGGCAGCGAACUCCAAAAAACUGCAGAGUCCGUAGAUGAUGUAGCCGAAAAGAUCGGUAAGGACGCGGAUAUGGCCGGAGAUCUUUUUGAGAAGUUUAAAACUGCAGAAGACGAGCUGAGUUCACUUGUUGACCAUAGUGGAGAAAGUAACGAAGAAGAUGACUUAAAGCAAAAGAAUGAUUAAGACUAUGACAAAGCUAUCAAGACGAAUGAAGCAAAGAGAAUCUCUUAAAUAAUUAUAUAUAUAUAUAUGGUUGAAUUUAUUCUUUUAUCCAAUAAUCAAUAAUUGUUAUAACAGUUAGAUUAUCCAUCUCAAAACCAUAUUAUAUUAAUAUUUAGUUUAAUUUCACAAUCAAUUGUCAAUGAAAUGAAUGAAUUGUGUGAUUGGAUCUUCUCAA